AUGAGAGUAUCAGGUGUGCUUCACCUCCUGGCCCUUAUCUUUGCCCUGGUCGCCACAUGGAUCUUUAUUAGCAGCUACAUCAGCUUCAACAUGAAAACUCUCCGUCUGCCCCGCUGGCUAGAUUUGGACUCCCAGACGAUCCGUGAGUAUGACCCCAACCCUGCCUUUGCCUUAGGCGGCCGCCACCGAGGUUGGUCUGUUCCCUCCACAGCGGUCGUGAGGACCAAGUGUGGUCUCAGCAAGCCCUGCCCCGACAACUUCUUUGCCUUUAAAAUCAGCAGCGGAGCCGCUAACGUCGUGGGCCCCACCAUGUGCUUCGAAAACCUUGUGAUCAUGAGUCCUGUGAAAAACAACGUGGGCAGAGGCUUGAACAUUGCCCUGGUGAAUGGAACCACAGGAAUAGUGCUGACGCAGAAAUGUUUCGACAUGUACUCUGGAGAUGUUAAGCUCCUGGUAAAAUUCCUUAAAGACAUCCCAGAGGGCACUCUGGUGCUAAUGGCCUCCUAUGAUGACCCAGGAACCAAAAUGAAUGAUGAGACCAGGAAGCUCCUCUCCAGCUUGGGCAGUUCCUAUGCAAACCAGCUGGGCUUCAGAGAUAGCUGGGUCUUCUUAGGGGCCAAAGACCUCAAGGAUAAAAGCCCUUUUGAGCAGUUCUUAAAGAACAACCCAGACACGAACAAAUAUGAGGGCUGGCCGGAGCUGCUGGAGCUGGAGGGCUGUGUUCCCCAGAAGAUCAGUGCCCAGCCUGGCCAGAAGGCCAAGUCCUGCCUGCUGGGCCAGCCAGAGGUCACCCGCUGUACCCAAGCUGCCGGCCGCAUGUGGCCAGCGUGGGUCACCUGCAGUUAG